AUGAGCUCCCUGUGGAUGAGGAGAUGCAGGAAACCCAGGAGGGAUUGGGGAGCUGUGGGGUGCUGGGGCUCGGUGCCACUGCGGCUCCUGUCCCCGCAGGAGGACAGCAGGAAUUACCUGACCCUGGUGGAGCAGUACGGGGACGGGCUCCUGGUGUGCGGCACCGGCGGCUGCGCCCCCACCUGCUGGAACGUGACCCAGAGGAAGUUGAGCCCACCCUGGGAUGGGAGAGGGAUCGCUCCCUUCACCCCUGACUCCAACACCCUGGUGGUUGUUGAUGGCCGGGACAUCUACUCCACCAUCAAGAAGAGCCAGCAGAACGGGAAGAUCCCUCGGUUCCGCCGGGUGAGGGGCGGCGGGGAGCUCUACACCAGCGACACGGUGAUGCAGAACCCUCAGUUCGUCAAGGCCACCACGCUGAGGCACGAGGAGCCUCACCAGGACAAGAUUUAUUAUUUCUUCCGUGAGGACAACCCCGACAAGAGCCCCGAGGCUCCCCGGAACAUCUCCAGGGUGGCCCAGCUGUGUAAGGGGGACAAGGGAGGCACCAGCUCCCUGUCGGCCUCCAAGUGGACCACGUUCCUCAAGGCCACGCUGAUCUGCGUGGAUCCCGUCACCAAGGGCAACUUCAACUGGCUGCAGGAUGUCUUCAUCGUCCCCGCGGGCGACUGGCGCCGCGCCAAGGUCUACGGGCUCUUCACCAACACCUGGGGCAGCUCUGCCGUCUGUGUUUUCUCCUUCGGGGACAUCGAUCGCGUCUUCAGGACGUCGCGGCUCAAGGGUUACAGCGGCCCCAGCCCCGAGGUGAAACCCGGCCAGUGCGUCCCCUCGGGGCAGCACACCCCCAGCGAGACGUUCAAGAUCGCGGACAGCCACCCCGAGGUGGAGGAGCGGGUGGAGCCGCUGGGGCCGGGCCGGGGCCCCCUGUUCCACAACCAGCACCGCUACCAGAGGCUGGGGGUGCACGAGGUGGCGGCGGCGGGCGGGCAGCGCUACAACGUCCUGUACCUGGCCACAGACAAGGGCUCCAUCCACAAGGUGGUGGAGCUGCCAGACGGGGUGCAGAACAUCAUGGAGAUCCAGGUGUUCCCCAGCAAGGAUCCCAUCCAGUCCAUGAUCCUGGACCACGCCAGGGCUGUGCUGUACGUGGGCUCCGGCAGCCGCGUCCUGGAGCUGCCCAUGGACAUGUGCGGCGCCUACCGCAACAACUGCCACAGCUGCGUGCUGGCCCGGGACCCGUACUGCGGCUGGGCCAACGCCUCCUGCCUCUCGCUCGCCCGCGGCCGGGAGGUGCUCCAGAACCUGAACUUGGGCUCGUGGCGAGGAAACUGCCAGAGGAGCGACCUCAAGGGAGGCGACUUCAGGAACAUCUCGGUGACUCCGUUCUCCCGCUAUUACCUCAACUGCUCCAUCGAGUCUCACUACGCGUCCUACAGCUGGUACCACGAGGACGUGCUGGUCCGGAGCUGCAACUCCUCCCGGCCGCAGCCCGGCUGCUUCCACUUCAUCCCCAGCGUGCGGCGGGAGCACCUGGGCCACUACACCUGCGUGUCGGAGGAGGAGGGGUUCCGCCAGGAGCUGGUCAAGGAGCGCCUGCUGGACCGCCAGCGCCUCCCGGGGCAGCGCGGCAGCGCCGCGGCCGGGCCGGCACCGCCCCGACUCCGCGUGUUGGUGCUGCUGCUGCUGGCGCGGCUCCUGCACUGACCCGGAGCGCCGGAACCGGCGGGCGCUGCUCCCGGGGCGCGGCUCCUGCACUGACCCGGAGCGCCGGAACCGGCGGGCGCUGCUCCCGGGGCGCGGCUCCUGCACUGACCCGGAGCGCCGGAACCGGCGGGCGCUGCUCCCGGGCGCGGCUCCUGCACUGACCCGGAGCGCCGGAACCGGCGGGCGCUGCUCCCCGGGCGCGGCUCCUGCACUGACCCGGAGCGCCGGAACCGGCGGGCGCUGCUCCCCGGGCGCGGCUCCUGCACUGACCCGGAGCGCUGACACC